UGUUUUAAAGGAAGUUGAAAAUCCACAUUUUUCAUGUGAUGGUGUUCUUCGAGAUGUAAUGGAUGGGGAUUUUUUCAAGAGUCAUCCAGUAUUCUCCCUCCACAGUGAUGCCCUGCAGCUGUUGGGCUAUUAUGAUGAUCUAGAAAUAGCCAAUCCUUUAGGUUCAAAAGCAAAGAUUCAUAAAAUUGGUGUCUUUUACUUUGUGCUGGGCAAUAUAAGGCCAAUGUUUAGAUCAAGCAUCCGCAGUAUACAACUUAUAGCUAUUGCUAAAACAAAAGACAUCAAGUCAUUUGGGAUCGAUAAUCUUUUGAUGCCAUUCAUUGAGGAUGUCAAUUGUUUGGCGAAGGCUAAUGGUCACUGUUUUACCAUAAAUGGUGUUGCCCGUGUGUUUCGAGGUGAUCUGUUAUUGUGGACUGGAGAUACACUUGGUAGCAACUAUGUCAGUGGUUUCAAGGAAGGUGUUGGAGGAGCAUUGCGAAUUUGUAGGCAUUGUAUGGGAACAAGACUGGAGACCAACAAUAAGUUUUUAUCUGAAGACUUUUCAGAAAGAGAUUUGGAUAAUCACAGACAAAUAUGUGCAUGUAUUGAAGAUGAAGAUAAUGCAUUAAACAUCCGUGAACAACUUUCCACAACCUAUGGGGUAAACAGAUUAAGUGUGUUGGAUAAGGUGCAACAUUUUGAUGUUUGCAUUUGCAUUCCUGAAGAUAUAAUGCAUAUAUUUUUGGAUGGCUUGGUACCCUAUGAAACAAAGUUGAUGCUGAAGUAUCUGAUUGAUGAAAGCAGAUGUAUCACACUCAAAGAGUUAAAUCGGAGGAUUGAAAACUUUGAUUAUGGAUACAUGAACAAAAAGAAUAAGCCAACUGCAACUAACAGGGAAACAAUCAAUGGUGUCACUGAAGCUAAGCUUAAACAAUCAGCAUCUCAAAUGUGGUGUUUAUUCAGGUUCUUGCCAAUCAUGAUUGGUGAUAAAGUGGAUGAGCAACUGGAAAACUGGCAUUGUUUGCUGAAACUUUAGAAUAUUGUUCAAAUUUGUACUUCUCCAGGAAUAACAAAGGCUGAUGCUGCCUAUUUGAAAGUUAUGAUUAAUGAUCAUCACAAAAUGUUCAAAAAUCUCUACCCUAAUGCAUCCAUAAUUCCAAAAAUGCAUUAUCUUAUACAUAUACCUGAUGAAAUUGUUAGGUAAAAAAUUAUUGAUGUAAAAGUUACUUCCAAAUUAUUUUUGAGUUUAGAGAACAUCAUCCUAUUAAAUUAUUGAUGAUUAUAAUUAAAUGUUUGCGUUGUAGGUUUGGGCCACCUAGAAAUAUCUGGACCAUGAGAUUUGAGGCUAAACACAGUUUCCU